GUUGGAUGUUUGGGCUGCAUAUUGUCGACAUAAAUUGGAUUACAAAGCACCUCUCAGAGUUAAAUCGUUUCCUUUGGUCGUAAUAGGUAUCGCCCUCUUUGGUGCGCGAUGUUGUUCGGCGUUACGAACUAGUCGGCGCCUCCGAUUAAUAGUCACCAAAAUGGACUUUACUAUCAUAGGAACAACGACAAAGGCAUGA